AUGGAUAGGAAGAGAUAUCACUUCCUACCAGAACUUUCUUUUUUGUUGGUUCUUACUUUCACCAACAUCUUUGACACCACUUCUGCGAAUUCCAACCAAGCGGAUACCUAUAUUGUCCACUUAGAUUCUCCUAACAACAUUGUGUUUGCUAAACCAGAAGACCGUGAAAAAUGGUACAAUUCUUAUUUGUCUGAAAGCAGCACUGGAUCGGAUGAAAAACCGAGCAUGAUUCAUGCAUAUCACAGUGUGUUCACUGGGUUUGCAGCCAAGAUGUCUGUUGAUCAAGUAAAAGCCAUGGAAAACAUGGAUGGAUUUGUAUCUGCAAGACGUGAGAGGGUGUACAAGCUGCAUACAACACAUACUCCCAGAUUCUUGGGAUUGCAUCAAAAUCUAGGAUUAUGGAGAGGAUCAAACUAUGGAAAGGGAAUCAUAAUCGGGGUUCUAGACACUGGAAUUACACCAGGUCAUCCUUCUUUUGAUGACAAAGGAGUCCCUCCUCCUCCUCAAAAAUGGAAAGGUAAAUGUGAAGUUGCAGGGUGUAACAACAAGUUGAUUGGAGCAAGGGAUUUUACUGAUAGUGCUUCUGGUUCACCUCUUGAUGAUGAGGGACAUGGGACCCACACUUCUAGUACUGCUGCUGGGAACUUUGUUGAUGGGGCGAAUGUCUAUGGAAUGGCUAAAGGCACUGCUGCAGGAAUGGCACCACUUGCUCACGUGGCCAUGUAUAAAGUGUGCGAUGAUUUUGGGUGUUCUGAUAGUGCUAUCUUAGCAGCCAUGGAUGCCGCCAUUGAAGAAGGAGUAGAUGUGCUUUCACUCUCACUUGGUGGAGCUUCUGUUCCAUUUUAUGAAGAUGGUAUUGCAGUAGGUGCAUUCAGUGCUAUUCAAAAAGGAAUCUUUGUAAGUUGUUCAGCUGGAAACUCCGGGCCUUUCAAUUCAACUUUGUCAAAUGAAGCCCCAUGGAUACUCACAGUUGGUGCUAGUACCAUUGAUAGAAACAUUAGAGCAACCGUUUAUCUUGGAAACAAGGACUUGCUAGAUGGAGAAUCUUUAUUCCAACCAAAAGAUUUCCCUCAAAACUUUAUGCCUCUGGUUUACCCAAGUUUGACCGGUGGUCAACAGGCAGCAUGGUGUGCGAAAGGAUCAUUAACAUCCAUCGAUGUCAAAGGAAAAGUAGUAAUAUGUGAUAGAGGUGGUGGUGUAGCAAGAAUUGACAAAGGACAAACAGUAAAAGACGCAGGAGGAGCUGCAAUGAUUCUCAUAAAUCAAGUAACCGAUGGCGAUUCUACAGAAGCCGAUGCUCAUGUUCUUCCUGCAUCACAUGUUGGCUAUUCAGAUGGUGUGUCAAUCAAGACAUAUUUGAAUUCAACCUCAUCUCCUGAUGCCACCAUCAUCUUUCGUGGAACUGUAAUUGGUGUAACUACAGCUCCUGAGGUUGCAUCAUUCUCAUCCAGAGGGCCCAGCGUGGCAAGCCCAGGAAUCGUGAAGCCCGACAUUAUUGGGCCUGGAGUUAGCGUUCUUGCAGCUUGGCCUGUAUCUGUUGAAAACAAGACCACAAAUUCAACAUUUAACAUGAUUUCAGGCACAUCAAUGUCAUGCCCUCAUCUUGCUGGGAUUUCAGCAUUGUUGAAAAGCGCACAUCCUGAUUGGUCUCCUGCAGCUAUUAAGUCAGCAAUCAUGACAUCAGCAGGUCAGGUAAACCUAAAUGGUGACCCAAUUGAGGAUGAGAGAGAGCUUCCUGCUGACAUUUUUGCCAUAGGUUCUGGGCAUGUCAACCCAUCAAAAGCUAGUGAUCCUGGAUUGAUUUUUGAUAUACAACCCAAUGACUACAUACCUUAUUUGUGUGGUUUAGGAUAUACAAGCAAACAAGUUGGAAUCAUCGUGCAGAAAAGAGUUACAUGCUCAAAAGUAAUUCCAGAAGCACAGCUCAACUAUCCUUCCUUUGCUGUUACUUUAGGAGUAGGGGAUGCCAAAACUUUUACAAGGACAGUGACUAAUGUUGGUGAAGCUAAUUCAACUUACACCAUAACAAGUUCUUCUAUUCCAGAUGGUCUAACUUUAGGUAUUGGCACUGGGGGGCUUAAAUUCACUGCAUUGAACCAAAAAGUGACAUUUGAAAUGUACUUCAUACGGGAUAGUCAGUAUGUGGUCAAAACUCCAUAUGCGGAAGGAUCUAUCACUUGGGGUUUUGGUAAAUACUCUGUUAGAACUCCAUUUUCUAUCAAGUUUGUGUGA